AAGAUUUUUAAAAAGAUAGAAAAAAAAUAUGUGAAAACCAGUCUAAUCUGGUUCAAUAUUAACCGUGUCUGGAAGAUAAAAAUUUUCGAAUUAGAUUUAUAUUAAGAACAAAAAUUCCAACAGGAAAUUUUCACAAUCGGAAACAAGGUGAGAAAGCAUUAUAGUAAUAAUGCAUGAGCAAGAAUGAGAUGUUCAUGUCUAAGGAUAUGUAAAAGUGUCCAUUCGCUUAAUUUACCAAGCAUACACUAACAUCAGGAAAGAGGACACAAACAAUGGGAAAUACUUCAUCAGAAUCUCAACUGACCUGCCACACAGGUUCCAAUAAAACACUAACAGUAGAUUACCUUCAAAAUGAAAAUGCGAAGAACCCAGUCGAUGUAGUUCUAUGUUUUGUUGAUACAAAGUGGAGUUCUGACGAUCAGUUAAACCAGGCCGUGUCAUCUUUAGCGGGAAAUAUCUACGUCACUGAACGAGAGAGGUUAAAAGCACAGUAUCCUGUGUGUUCUCCAGGAAAUGUUUUCUGCUGCAAAGGUGGCAAACUAAAUUGUAAGGCAAUCUUACAGGUGGUUGUACCGGAUGGGGACCUAAGUCAGCAUCUUUUGUUGGUUCCAAGUAUUCUACAGAAUGCCAUACAGAAAGCUUCUGAGCUUGGUGCUCGUAGUAUUGCCAUUCCUCUGGGAAUUGAGCCCCCAUUUCAAGUGAACAUCCUUCUGCCUUCUCUUUAUAUGACCUAUCUGAAUCACGACAGGGCAUCUUCCCUAACUCAGUUCCAUAUUAUAACCACAAACUCGGCAUUACAAUCACAAAUUCUGCAGUCUAUUGAAGAGAUGAAUGAAAACAUAAGUACGGGUAAUUCAGAUGAUGAUGAACCUCAGACAGUGGCUGAAAAUUCUGCAGCCGAUCAUGAUAAACAUUCCCAAUCUCUGUAUAAUAAUGAAGUACUCACUCAAGGACAACAGGUUCAUCCGCUCCCUCGAAAACAGGCAAGUGAUAUGUUUCACGAUACAGUACACGAAAACUUUUCGGACCAAACACUCACAAAUAAUACAGCUGAAACACCUGGUGAAGUGUCAGACCAACACUUCCAAGAGAAAAGUGAAGACCCAGAGCACAGUGGCACUUCAGUGCAGUCUUCCUACAUGUUUCCGGUGGAGCAACUUCACAAACAUGUUGAAAAGAUUUCAAAUAAUGAUUUUCUAAAAUCAGUGAAUUUUAGGACGUCUGAUGAUUUGAACACCCGUGUGACAUUCAGUGAUGAAGUAGAAGAGUGCAUAGAUCCAAAGCAGCCUCCGCUGGUCCGAUCCCUCUCCAGCGGUAGUGAUGAUCUAAGUAGUUUGGACUUCCAGAACUUUUGCGUGAAGCGGCCGGUAACCCGAUUUCAGGGUAAGCGCCCAGUACAGAGGGGAGAGCCUGUGGUUGUCGUUAAGUACGAUGAGGAAGAAUCUGCAAAAAAAGCAGACCCUGUCUUCUUCUGUGUUGUAUGUCAAAGUGAACAUAAGGUCGAUUGCCAGAAGAAGCUGGAUAAAUGUGGACAUAUAUUUUGCAGUGAAUGUAUCGAUGAUUAUUUUUCGAGAGAGAAACCUGUUUGUCCUAUAUGUAACACGGUUUAUGGAGAAGUAAAAGGAAACAUGCCACCGGGCAUUAUGUCAUACUUUACUUCAAAGGGACAUCUCCCAGGACACGAAGAUGUGGAGGCCAUUGUUAUUGAAUAUGAUAUUCCAGAUGGAGUACAAACGGAAGAACAUCCAAAUCCGGGUAAGUCAUUCAAAGGAGCAUGCCGAACAGCCUAUCUGCCAAACACAGAACAGGGACAGAAGUGUCUGCGAUUACUACAGAGGGCGUUUGAUCAGAAACUGACAUUUACAGUGGGACGAUCCAGAACUACCGGAAAUGAGAACUGUGUGACGUGGAACGAUAUCCACCACAAAACAAACGUUCAAGGUGGACCACAAAGAUUCGGAUAUCCAGACCCCAGCUAUCUUGAUCGUCUGGAGAAAGAGCUCCAAGACCGUGGGAUUACAGAGGACUAAAAUAUUUACAUAAUCUAUCUGAAACAAAUGAAAAAUUCAUCAUAAACUGCAUUGAUAUUACUCAAGGAAUAAUUCUUUUUGAUAUAAAAAUUGCGUUUGUGGUCAACUAUAACAGUUUUGUUAUCUAUCAGUAAGACUCUUAGUUAUAAACUAUUGUUAAUUGUU